AUGGAAUCAAGCAUAUAUGUAAAUUUGCGUAAACUAAUUAGUGUAAUAGAUGAGCUUCGAGAUAUCGGGUUGCAAAAAUAUAUAAAUUUGCCUCGUAUAUGUGUAGUUGGAACACAAAGUAGUGGAAAAAGCAGUGUUUUAGAAUCUAUUGUCGGACUUGAUUUUUUACCAAGAGGUGAAGGUAUUGUUACUAGAAGGCCUAUUGAAUUUCGAUUAAUUCAUAUUAAAGAUGAUAGUGAAAUAAAACAUUGGGCUACAUUUGAAGAUGAUAAAAAUAAAAAAUUUACAGAUUUUAAUCAAGUUAGAGAACAUAUAAAUAGUUUAACAGAUCAAAUUGCAGGAACUAAUAAAGGAAUAAUUGAUGAACCAAUUAUUUUAAAUAUCUAUUCAACAGGAUGUCCUGAUUUAUCAUUAAUUGAUUUACCUGGUAUUACUAGAGUUCCUCUAAAAAAUUCAGAUCAAACAGAUGAUAUUGAAAGGUUAACAAGAGAAAUGGCAUUCAGAUAUGUUAAAGAUCCAAGAACAAUUAUUCUAGCCGUUUUACCAGCUAAUGCUGAUAUGUCAACUAGCGAUGCAUUACAAAUAGCUAGAAAAGUAGAUCCUAAAGGGUUGAGAACAAUUGGGGUUAUUACAAAAAUUGAUCUUAUGGAUAAAGGUGUAGAUGCUAGUAAAAUGUUAUUAAAUGAUGAAAUAAAUUUAAGAUUAGGUUAUACUGGAGUUAUAAAUAGAUCAAGUGCUGAUAUAAAACAAGGUAAAACAAUUGCUCAAUCAUUAAAAGAUGAAUUAGAUUUUUUUCAAAAUCAUCCAGUAUAUAAAAAAUUACCACAAUCAUUAUAUGGAACUACAUCUUUAACUGACAAAUUAACAAAAGUUUUAUUAAGACAUAUUAAAAAUUUCUUACCAGAUAUCAAAAUAGAAAUUAAUGAUAGAAUCAGAGCUAUUAAUGAUAAAUUAUUCUCUUUAGGAACUAAUGUACCUUUAGAUUCAACCAAAAAAACACAAAUAUUAUGGUCUAUGAUUACAGAUUAUUGUGAAAUAUUUAAAAAUACAUUAAAAGGAAAAUAUGAUAAAAGAUUACAAGUUUUUAUUGAAAAUAAUGAUAUAAUUUGUGGUUUAAAAGUUAGACAAAUAUUUAAUGAAUUAUUAGAUGAAUAUGCAGGAAAAAAUGUAACUAGCGAAUUGAGUGACAAUGAUAUAGAUGAUGCUAUUUGUAUGCAUGAAGGUGAUAGCUUACCUGGAUUCCCCUCUCCUGAUACUUUUGAAUUUCUUAUUUUACCUCAUUUAAAAAAAAUACAUACACCAGUUUUUAAUUGUUUAGAUAAAGUUAGUCAAACUCUUGAAAUAUUAUCUCAAAAAAUUGCUAAUCGGGUUCUAACCAGAUUUCCAAAAUUAUCAGAACAAGUUUUAGAUCUAUCUCAAUCUAUACUAAUUAGAGAAAAAGAAAAUACACAUACCAUCUUAGAAAAUUAUAUAGAUGCAGAAACUAAUUAUUUAUUUACUAAUGAUAUUUCAUAUUUAAUAGAACAUGGAAGUAUUAUUAAUAUGAGUGAAGAUGAACAUAAUGAUUCAGGAUCUCCUAAUCAAGAUUAUGGUAAUUAUCAAAAAAAUCAAAAUAAAAAAUAUCAACAAAAUAAUAGUCAUGAUAAUAUAAAUGUUUCACAAAAUAAUGCAACGGGCCAAAGUAAAUAUUAUCAAAAUAUAAUUAAUGAAUCUGAAUAUUUAACAGGAAAAGCAGCUAAAUUUGUUUCAGGUGCACAAAAAUCAGUUAUGAAUAUGUGGAAUAAAGAUAAAAGAAAAACAAGAUAUAAUUCACAAUUCAUACAAGAAAUUAGAAGAAGAUUAGAUUCUUAUUUUAAUAUUGUUCUUAGAAAUGUUAGAGAUAGUGUUCCUAAAAUUAUCGGAUAUUUUUUAAUUAGAAAAUUACAAGAAAAAAUGCAAUUUGAAUUAUAUUCAGAUUUAAACAGUGAACAAAAAUUAUAUGAAUUACUUAAUGAACCACCACAUGUGUUAAAAGAAAGAGAACAUCUUAAUAAACAAUUAGAUAUUUUAAAAAAAGCUAAUCAAGUGCUUUUAAAAGAUCCCAACAUAACCUCAAUUAAUAUUGAUCUUUUUGAUGCUAACUAUGAACAAGAUCUUAUUGAGAUGCAAAAAAAUAUCAAAAUACAAAACAGUUCUUCCAUAUCAAAUAAUUCUCCAUCACAAUCUUACAAACAAAACUUUAUUUCAUCUCACACUUUGAGUUCAAGCAAUGACAAUCACUCCAUCAGCAAACGCUCACAUGUUAUGCAACCCAGAAACAUGUCUCCCCCUACCAUCAAUUCCCAUAUGUCAAAACACAAUCCAAUGAUGAGUUCAAAAAUGGAUUCAAAAGGAAAACAUUUAUUCGAAAAAGACCCAAUUAAAAAGAAGGCCCCUUAUAAUCCUUUGUUUGACUAA